UCUCACACCAGUUUUUCUCCCUUGCUAGCUCUCCUAUUCUCCAUUAAAAUUAAGAAUCUCGCUAGCGAGGGAACACAAUGGGUUCUGCCUUUUUGAGGAUUUUAGUCACUUCGUUGUGUGCUCUUUGGAUUUUCUCUGAGCUGGCAGUUGCAAAGCAUGCAAGCAUUACUAGACAUUACAAGUUUGACAUCAAGAUGCAAAAUGUGACAAGGAUGUGCCGGACAAAGAGCAUCGUUACUGUCAAUGGUCAGAUCCCCGGGCCUCGAAUCAUAGCAAGGGAAGGGGAUCGGCUCUUGAUCAAGGUCGUUAACCAUGUCCAAUACAAUGUCACACUCCAUUGGCAUGGAAUCAGGCAACUACGGAGCGGCUGGGCAGAUGGACCUGCCUACGUAACACAGUGCCCAAUUCAAACGGGACAAAGCUACAUAUACAAUUUCACAGUUACUGGACAAAGAGGAACAUUGUUCUGGCAUGCUCACAUUUCAUGGUUAAGAGCUACCCUUCAUGGACCCAUUGUCAUCCUCCCUAAGAAAGGCGUUUCUUACCCAUUUCCACAACCUCACAAAGAAGUCCCUAUCAUUUUUGGAGAAUGGUGGAAAGCAGACACGGAGAAAAUUAUCAGCCAAGCCUUGCAAACAGGAGGAGCACCAAAUAUUUCUGAUGCCUACACCAUCAAUGGUCAUCCUGGACUUUUGUAUAACUGUUCAGCCAAAGAUACAUUCAAGCUCAAGGUGAAGCCAGGAAAAACCUAUCUCCUUCGUUUGAUCAAUGCUGCACUUAACGACGAGCUCUUCUUCAGCAUUGCAAACCACAGCCUCACUGUGGUUGAAGCUGACGCAGUUUACGUGAAACCCUUUAAAACCCACAUUGUACUCAUCACCCCGGGACAAACUACCAAUGUUCUACUUAUGGCCAAAGCUAAGGCCCCAAAUUCCACCUUUCUUAUGGCCGCUAGGCCAUAUGCCACUGGCCCAGCCUCCUUUGACAAUACAACCACUGCCGGAAUACUCGAAUAUGACCACAACCCUUCCGCAACAAACUCCAAAAGCAAGAACAAGAAACUCCCUCUUCUUAAACCGUCACUUCCAGUGUUUAAUGACACAACAUUUGCCACAAAGUUUGUCAAGAAAAUCCGUAGCUUGGCCAAUGCAAGAUUCCCAGCUAAGGUCCCAAAGAAAGUUGACAGACGCUUCUUUUUCACAAUAGGUCUCGGAUUACUCCCUUGCUCACAAAACAAGACCUGCCAAGGACCUAAUAACACCAUGUUAGCAGCUUCUGUCAACAAUGUGUCAUUUGUGCAGCCAAAUAUAGCCCUCCUGCAAUCUCAUUUCCUUAACCGAUCAAAGGGUGUGUACACAACUGAUUUCCCUACCAACCCACCUUUCAAAUUCAACUAUACAGGGACACCACCUAGCAAUAUCAUGACUGCCAAAGGAACCAAGGUGGUGGUGCUUCCUUUCAAUACUAGCGUGGAGUUGGUGAUGCAGGACACCAGCAUUAUUGGUGCAGAGAGCCACCCUCUUCACCUCCAUGGAUUCAACUUCGUUGUGGUUGGUCAGGGUUUUGGCAACUUUGACCCCAAGAAGGACCCUGUCAAGUUCAACCUCGUUGACCCUGCAGAGAGGAACACUGUUGGUGUGCCAUCUGGAGGGUGGGUCGCCAUACGGUUCCUUGCUGACAAUCCAGGAGUUUGGUUCAUGCACUGCCAUUUGGAAGUACACACCAGCUGGGGCCUGAAGAUGGCUUGGGUGGUCAAUGACGGAAAACGGCCAAGCCAAAAGCUGCCACCUCCACCUUCUGAUCUCCCCAAGUGUUAAAAUUCUUUUUUCUUUUCUUUUUCUUUUUCGCCACCGUUUGUCCCGAGUACUUAAUUUGUUUUUUUUUCCCUUUUCUUUCGAUUUUGAUUUUAGUAAGCUGUCUACCCAUUCUUUGAAUCUUUUUUUUUUUUUACCCUUCCUUGUUUAGUGUUCCUUCAGCUGGCCUGAAGGGUACAAUAGUACUCUUAGAUCAUGAUAAUUUCUUUGAAUUCGAAUCUCUAACAACCCCUAAAAAGAGAUCGGUGGGUGGGAUUUGGACUUUAUUUGUAGGAGCUAGCUAGGAUUGUAAGACGGGCUAUCGUUGUUGAAUGAAAAAAUAAUAAUUUCUUUUAUUGGA